AUGUCGUUGUCGUCGUCUUCGUCAACCGCGGUCACUCAGCCCAGCCCGCUGUCGGACGGACUGUGUUCGUUGGUGUUGUCCAAGAGGUACCUGUCGUGCGCCAGACCGCCGCACGUGUACAAGCUGGAACGCGAGAACAAUCUGCUGGACGGCGGCGGUGGCGGCGGCGGAGGAAUCUGCGAAGACUCGUCCGCAGUCGCCGCCGACUGUUGGCCGUCCACCGCCUGGGUAUCGCCGCCGACCGCGUCCGCCGCGGUGCACGCCCGCUACGAGCCUUCCGACGUGUUCACGCCGCUGGUGUUCGAAGAGAUGCAACCGUCGCCGUCACCGCCGUCGCAGAUGUCCAUGUGGUUACGGCCUGUGGAACGUUACAAUCAGCCGCAGUCGCAGCCACCGCCGCCGCCGCCGCCGCCGUCGCAUCAUCACGUGCAGUCGGCGUCCGGCGCGGGCAAUACGCUGCAGCAAAGACGCCCGUUACAGCACCUGCCACCGCCAGCACAAUCGUCGCUGCAGCCGCCCGCCAAGACCGUGUCGGCCGCCGAACCGCAAAACCAAAACGGCAACAAGCCCGGCGACUUGAGUUGGCUGGUCAACUUUCAGGUGGCGUCCAUAUUCGAACCCACCUGUAACGGCGGUACCGCCACCGGUGGAAAUGGUGCUGGUCCAGGAGUUAAUGUCAUGGACACCGAAUGGCCGGAGCCAGAGACGCUGAAACAGAAAAAAAAAUCCACCAAAUUAGAUCAGAAACCUUCGUCCAAAAUAAGCCGAAAACCAUAUAGAAUGCCACCUUCGAGGUUAGAUAAAGCCAACAAACCUGGAUACACCUACACAGAAAUGAUUCAUCAAGCCUUAAUAGAAAAAAAAGAACUACCAGUAGCAGAAAUCUAUCAAUGGAUAUCAAGUCAUUUUCCGUAUUUCCGCGAAGACGAUGAACGUUGGAAAAAUUCUGUGCGUCACAAUUUGUCCAUUAAUCCUAAUUUCAGAAAAGGUAGAAAAUCUCAAGGCGCUGGACAUUAUUGGCGGCUGUGCAACAUUGAAGAGAGUUUGGGCCAACGAGAAUAUUCCAUGGCUACUGAAGACGACACAUCUUCGCCACAAGAGUCAUCAGAAUUAGAACAAGCUUGCAAAUAUUUAGAAGGGGAGUUACAACGAGAUAGUUUGGAAGAUGUAAAAAUGAUUCAAAAUAUCAACACAGAAUUAGAGAAUGAAAUAUAUACCAAUUCGUUUUUGAUUUCCAGUCCAUCAAAGUACGUAAACGAACAAAUCAGUUUAUCAAAUAAUGAUUUUCAUUCAUACAGUGAAAACCUGUUGGAGGAGUCCAUUGACUUUCAAUAUUACAAUUUAUAAAUCUUCCAGCUCAAACUAUCUUGGUUUCAAAAAUUCCAAAUUUUUUACAUAUAUAUAUAUAUAUAUUUAAGACUGACCAACAGGUGACCUUUUUAUAAAACUAAUUUUACUACACGAUUGAUUAAUUCCAUCAAUCCAGACACUCGAAUUUGUUCAGUUUGCGUUUAUGAAGCUUUUUUUUUGUUACCAUUAUAAUGUAAAAACAUUUUUGAUCAUCCUGAUUCUAGUCAAUUAUUUAUUAUUUCAAAUA